AUGAGUGAAAUACAAGAAUUAAUAGAUAAUUUCGAAAGAAUAGAAAUCAAAGAAAAUGACAAAAAAGAAGACACAAAAGAGUAGAAAAUAGAAUAAUAGAGUAAUCAAGACGAAUCAAAGGAUACAAUUGUUAAAGAAACAAAUGAUGAUUAAAAAUAAUAAUAAGAAUAAGACUAACAAAAUUAAAAUAAUAAAGAUGUAUAAAAUGAUUAGAACAAUAUUAAGGACCUUAAUAAUGAUUAAUUUAUUGAAAAAUAGUUAGAAGAAGCACUCACUAAUAAAUUAAUUAUUCAGGAAUAAAAUAAAGGAGAAAAAUACUAAGUAUAAGAUUAAGUUAACAUUGACGAUUAAUUAUAGAAAUAAGAACAUACGAUAAUAAAAGGUACAAUGAGAAGCGAUGGAACUAUGAGAAAAGAUAUUAAAGUAAGAGCUGGAUAUAAAAAUGCAGACAUGGUUCAAAGAUAUGUGAUACCUUAAAAAAGAAAAUGA